AUGAGUACUACAUUAAUUGAAAAGGGACCAUUUUAUAUUGGUGUCGAUGUAGGUACCGGUUCGGUAAGAUCUUGUCUCAUUAACGACACUGGAGAAAUCUCAGCUAUAUGUGAGAAAAAUAUUAAUAGACAAGAAUUACUACACGAACAUAUCACUCAAUCCUCUACUGAAAUUUGGGAUAAAAUAUGUUUUUGCGUUAGAGAUAUUCUCAAAAGGUCAGCAGUGGAUGUUUCCCUGGUGAAAGGUAUAGGUUUUGAUGCCACUUGUUCUUUAGUAGUGGUUGACGAGAAUAAUCAUGAACCCAUUGCUGUAGGUCCUGACUUUUUAAAUUCAGAUCAAAAUAUCAUACUAUGGAUGGAUCAUCGUGCUUCUCGCCAGACAGAUUUUAUCAACAAGACUGGUGACAAAUGCCUAAAAUAUGUAGGGGGUAAAAUGUCAAUUGAAAUGGAAAUCCCAAAAAUAAAAUGGCUUAAAGAUAAUCUACCUGCUGAGACCUUUAAAAAGUGUAAAUUCUAUGAUCUAUCUGACUUUUUGACAUUUAAAGCUACGGGUAACCAAGCAAAAUCAUUGUGUGCUGCUGCCUGUAAACAAGGAUUUUUACCGUACGGAGUGGAAGGGUCUAUUACAGGUUGGUCCUCUGAAUUUUUGAUGAAAAUAGGUCUUGAAGAACUAGCAGAAAACAAUUUUGCUAAACUAGGUGGGCCCCUCAAUAAUAGGUCAUCAGAGGAAGUAAAUUCAAAAUACCUUUCAGCGGGUGAUUAUAUCGCACCUCUCUGUAAAUCCUCAUCUCAAGAAUUGGGUCUUACUACUGAGUGUAUUGUAGGAUCUGGUAUUAUCGAUGCUUAUGCAGGCUGGGUUGGAACUGUUGCUGCUGUGUCUGAGUUGGACCAAGAUAUAUCAACAGAUGAAUUAGAAACCAACUCAAUUAAUGGGGCAGUCGGAAGAUUAGCUGUUGUUGCUGGUACUUCAACAUGUCAUAUUACUUUAUCGAGGAAACCCUACUUCGUUGAAGGUAUUUGGGGACCAUAUAAGGAUAUCUUAAUUAAUAGUUUUUGGUGCGCAGAAGGUGGUCAAAGUUGCACUGGGGAGCUGCUAUCGCAUACUUUGAGCUCUCACCCAGCUUAUGAAGAACUAAAAGAACUAUCUAAAACUGAGGGUCUUCAGGUCUAUGACUAUCUUAAUAUGCUUUUGGUAAAUAUGGUUAAGGAAAGAAAAGAACGUUCUAUAUUGGCCUUGGCAAAGCAUAUAUUUUUCUAUGGUGAUCUACAUGGUAAUAGGUCUCCAUUAGCAGAUGCAACAAUGACUGGUUCUAUAAUUGGGCUUACAAUGGAUAUUACAAUAGAAGAUUUGGCUUUGAAGUACUUGGUAACAUGCGAAUUUAUUGCUCAGCAAACAAGGCAUAUUAUUGAAAGGAUGACAAGUUCAGGACACCACAUUAAAGCUCUGUAUAUGUCCGGGGGUCAAUGUCGAAACAGUCUACUUAUGGAUCUCUUGACGAAUAGUACAGGCUAUCCCGUCGUAAUUCCUCGUUAUAUUGAUUCAGCAGUAGUUUUUGGCGCUGCCUUGUUAGGAGCCUCAGCUAGUAAUGUAUAUGAGCGAAACCGUAAAGAAGGGAAUGAUGAUAUUUUAUGGAACACCAUGAAAUCAAUGACUAAAUCCAGUAAGGUUGUUAAACCAACUACUAUUGACAAUCCCGAUAGAAAAUUAUUAGAGGUAAAGUACAAGAUUUAUUUGAAAAUGGCACAGGAACAGAGAAACUAUAGAGCUAUGGUUGAUGCUGUAGAACAAUCAUAUAUGUAG